AUGGUGGAGGGCCCAGGCUGCGCGCUCAAUGGCGAGAAGUUGAAGGCCCGGGUGCGGAGGGGCCAGGCGGUGCGGAGCGCGCGGGGAAGCGCUCUGGCAGCCGCGGCCGGAGCCGGCGGCGCGACUGCUGCAAGCAAGGAGGGAGCCUCUGGUCAUGAUUUCCUUGUUGGACAUGUUUACAGGGGUGUGGAGACAUUGGGAAAGGAAUUUUUUAUGUAUUUUGAUCAGAAAGCUUUGAGGAUUCACUUUGGUAUGAAUGGUUCCAUGUGCAUUAAUCCCAGUGGAAGCAGAGGCAGAAAUGCAGCACUACCAGUUUUGGAGAUACAGCUUACAGAGGAUACUGUUUGUUUUUUCGAGGUGACAGUAGAGUAUAGAAAUGCAUCUGAGAGUGAGCAGAAAGUGAGAAUGAUGGAAAGCUUAGAUGUCUGUUCUCCAAAAUUUAGUUUCCUAAGAGCAGAAAGUGAGAUUAAGCGGCACAAAACCCUCAUGUUGUGUGAUGUGUUACUGGAUCAAGCAGUAUUACCUGGAGUGGGAAACAUAAUAAAAAAUGAAGCACUGUUUGACAGUGGUCUUCAUCCAGCUGUUAAGGUUUGCCAACUGACAGAUGAGCAUAUACGUCAUUUGGUGAAAAUGACACGUGAUUUUACCCUGCUUUUUUAUAAGUGCCGCAAAACGGGGUCUCCACUCUACAAACACUACAAAGUAUACAAGCGCCGAGCCUGUGCUCAGUGCGAUUGUAAGAUCACUGUGUGUCGUUUAGGAGAGAAUAACAGGAUGACUUACUUCUGCACUGGAUGUCAAAAGGCAGAUCCUCAGCUCGUCAAUCUAAGCAAAUUGCCAACUAGAAAUAGCUUAAUUGGCUGGGCAUAUGGCAGAGGGUUAUGUUCUAAUGAAGAUGUAGCUUGGAAGUCUGAAGAGGAAUGGACGUGCAUGCGCUGUACCCUAAUAAAUAAGGCUUCUGCUGAAAUUUGUGAUGCCUGUUUAACUUCAAGGCCUGAAGUUCCAAAGACAGAGAAUGUUGAAGAUUCUGCAGCCUUUAACAGAAACUUAGUGAAGUACCCAUGUAACAACUUCAGAAAACCCAGCACAGAAAUAAAGAUCAAUAGGAAAGCUGCAUUUGGAACUACAACUCUUGUCUUAACAGCUCUUGGUAACAAAGACGAUUUGGGAAAUGAUACCCAAAUAUCCGAUGGACACUCUCAGUGUGUUGCUUCAAAAAGUAAUUGUAGACACAUACAAAACAGUGUCUGCCAGUCAUGGGAAAGCACAACCAAGCCUUGCCCAACACCUGUAACUGCUAUGGCUUUAUCCUCCCGUCAGCAGCCUCUCUCUUUCACACAUGUACAGAAGAAACAGAAAACUGAUCAUAUACUCUCAGUUCACCAAUAUAAUAAAGCAGUAAGUGCAGGCCAUCCUCGCUGCAGCAAACACAGACGGCUCUGCAGCCUCAGAGUUGUGAGAAAGAAUGGAGAAAACAAGGGCAGGCAGUUUUAUACCUGUUCUCUACCCAGGGAAACUCAGUGUGAUUACUUUCAGUGGGCUGACUUGGAUUUUCCGUUUUGUAACCAUGGCAAGCGAUCUGUUAUGAAGACUGUCUUGAAGAUUGGUCCCAAUAAUGGAAAGAACUUCUUUGUGUGCCCUCUUGGGAAGGAAAAACAGUGUGGUUUUUUUCAAUGGGCAGAAAAUGGGCCAGGGGAAAGACUACUUAAUUUUCUGGAGAAACUUGUGGAAGUUCAAUCCAAUUAAAUCUUCCAUGCCAUGGUACAAGUGAAACUGAUUUCUUGUCCUAACCAACACAAAUCUGGAGGCUUUUUUCUUCCUCUUUUCAGUAGCCUUUGAUACCUCUGAAAUCUUUUAAAACUUUCCUUAUGUGAAGGAAAUCUGUUCUAAUCAGAUUGUAGAAACCAUAAUCCUUAUGUUACUCAAUGGCCUCUUUCCAAAGACUAUAUAUAUCUUUCAUGAAGCCUAUUAUUUAUAGUGGGGUACAGAACUCCACCUGAGAACAAAACAAGCUACUUCAGAAGGUGAAGACUGCCUUUCCAUUGCCAUCUUUUUGUUUGAUGUUACAAUGUGGUGUCACUGCUAGCUUGUGCU